AUGCAUAUUGAAAAGCAAACCCGCCACCUCGAGAGUUUAGACGAAGUCAGGAGAGUCGAUAACAAGACUGAGACGGACGACAAUGUUGACCUCAAAAGUGAGCUAGUUAGCGAGACUGCCGCCAAUGCUACAGGAUAUCAAGAGUAUCUGGAGGGCUUGAACUUGGAGCUAACCCCAAAGGAGAAUGCUAAGAUCCGGUGGAAAAUCGAUUUGAUUGUCCUUCCAAUUUUCCUGGUCAUCCAAGCUUUACAGUUCAUGGACAAGACAGCUUUAAACUAUGCAAAUCUCUUCGGAUACCAACAAGCACUAGGCUUGAAAGGCCAGGAAUUCAACUAUUUAUCUGCAAUGAUCUAUGCCGGCUAUUUCUUCGGACAGUACCCCUGCAGUUUGUUGAUCGCAAGGUUUCCGGCCCAGCGUGUCCUUGGUGUCACUGCAUUCAUUUGGGGUCUCACGGUCAUUAUCCUGACACAGUGCAAGACAUACUCCAGCGCAUUGGGCGUUAGAUUCGUUAUGGGAAUGUUCGAAGCCUCCGUUACGCCUGGCCUGACUCUUAUGACAGGAUUUUGGUACACCAGAAACGAGAUCCCUCUCCGACAAUGUAUCUGGUAUUCUGCUCUUGGAUGGGGUGGUAUUGCCGGCGACUAUAUCUCGCUCGGUAUCAAUACACUUCCUGUGGAAUUUACUCCCGCUCGCUGGCAAUUGUUGUUUUACAUCCUUGGAGCCGCCACCUGUUUCUGGUCCUUGGUGGUGUUCUUCGUUUUGCCUGAUUCCCCGGCUUCGGCUUUCUUUUUAACCAAGCGUGAGCGUGUGCUGGCUGUCAAGCGAGUAGCGCAGAACCAAAUGGGUAUCAAGAACAAGGCCUUCAACAAGAAGCAAGCUCUAAGCACAUUCAAAGACCCCAAAGCAAUCCUUCUUUUCAUAUCCGUGUUUGCAGCUGCAAUCCCGAAUGGCGUCGUGAACUCAUUCUCUACAGUCAUUAUCCAAGAUAUAGGAUUCAAUACUGCGAAAACCACCGAGAUGAAGUCCGUCGGCGACGCCAUGGUUAUUAUAUCACUGUUCAUCGGGGGUGCUAUCACCUUGAACGUCCCUAAUUCUCGGUUGGCUACUGCGACACUUGCUAAUGUUCUGUGCACAAUCUGUGCUGCUACCAUGGCCUACCUUCCCCAACACAACAAAUGGGGCAGACUUGUUAGCUUCUGGAUGGUAAACACACAAUCUGUGGGUUUCACAAUCUCCUUGGUCACUAUUACAUCAAACAUGGCUGGUUAUAGUCACAAAGCUGCGGCUAGUCUGCUAGUUUUUACCGCCUAUUGCUGGGGUAAUUUUGCCGGGCCGUUUGUAGUCAAAGCAUCCCAGGCACCCGAGUAUCGAGGCGCCACGAUUGGUCUUCUCAUCGGUUAUUUGAUCAAAAUGAUCACCCACCUACUAUUAUGGGCAUAUCUGGUAUAUAUGAACCGUUCUCGCGAUAAGAGAUAUGGCCCUGCGAAUAAGACUCGCAGUAACGAAGCUGGAAUGCAAGACAAGACCGAAUUCGAGAAUAAGGAUUUCCGAUUUGUGUACUGA